AUGCAACAGCAGAGAUUUUGUUCACAAUCUGAUGGGGUCCUGUCCAGCGUGGCAGAACUUCCUUUGACAGUCACUGUUCCUCUCAUGAUGACUUCCAGUCGUAGUAUGCCUUCUAUCCCUCAGCCAUCUUCUGUAGCUGUUCCCGGGUGGAAGCGAAGGGUUCCAGAUGCCUGUGAAGUUCAUUGGGAUUCUGUAAAUGACCCUGCAAUAAAUGGGGGUUCUCAAGGCGUUAAUGAGGGCUGCGAACUGCAAGAUGCAGCAUUACUAGUUACACAGCCAGGGUUUGUAACACAGAAUACCUCUACAAAAUCUUCAAGACUUAGUCUUAGUCGGAAACGAAAGCAGUCCCGUUCUAUUACCCGUGAUAAAAGGGCAUGCCCUGACAAUGCACUAGUCUCUGAUGUGCAACCUCGGGAUACCACCACAGAUUUCAUUAAAACAGUUGAUUUCUAUACAGAAAACCUGUUAGGAGCUGGAGAUGUCACAAAUUCAUGGUCUGCAGCGUUGGCAAGUGUCUCAGAAGCUAACGGUGAUGCGAUAGUGCCGGUAGCUACUACCGUACUGACAUCUUCUUUGGACUCGCAGACAUCUGCGGCGGUUAAUCUGCCACGUGUGGUUGGAGCCCGUGUCGAGGAUGAAUCUUCUAUGAUUUUUGAAACAUCUCUACCUGCAAAUCAGGAACAUUUCAAUAAUGAGUUAUUGCUGGAAUUGAUAGCGCAAGUGAGAAGACUGACUGAAGACGUCGCAUCCAUAAAUUCAAGGUGUACAGCUCAAGAGGCAUUGCUGAGAAACCUGGCAGAAGGCAUCGCUGCCAUAAUUUCAUGGUCUAAAGAUCAACAGGUGUUAACCAGACUUAUAUUUGAAGCUCACCAGAAGACUUCUGAAGAACAAAACUUGGUGAACAGAAUGCUGCUUGAUCGAUUGGUGAACAUUGAAAAAGUCCAGAGAAAGGAAUUCGAUCUACAGGGAGGUACGGUAAUUCUACUUCAACAAGUUAAAGAUGCUGUUUCACACAAUAAUGGUUUAUAGUUGAAAUAAGUGUUGUUUUUGCUGGGUUUUUCCUACCAUUUUGCGGUGCUGUUUUUAAAUGUGUUUUUUAAAUAUGUUUUGGUUAUUUUUGUGAUG